ACCAUACAGACGAUGGUCAGCGACAUCUCUCUUUAUCCCUGUGUUGCUUUUGUGGAGAAAAAUGGCGCGGGUUUCUGACGGUGAUUCUGAAUCUGAAGAGUACGAGAUUGAGAAGAUUAUAUCGUGUAGAUUGGCUAAAAAUGGAACUUUGUCAUACUUGGUGCGUUGGAAGGGUUAUGAUGAAAGUGAUGACACAUGGGAGCCAGAAGAAAACCUUCGAGGAUGCAGAGAUGCAAUCUUGACAUUUUUUGAUAAAAGGGAUGCUCAUGCAGAAAGAAGAAAAAGAUACAAUAUUCUUCACCUUAAAGAAAGCUCUCCGACUGCAUGGAAAUUAUCAAACAGCAGUCAUAGUACUCCACGAAAAAGGAGCCUUCGGUUAUUAAAAACAAGGAGAACUAUGCUUUCAAACUCUGAAAUGAAGGGAUCUGUCUCAGAAGAAAAAGUGCUUAGCAAAUCAUCAAACUUGCUGGAAGACGUGCCACCCUCCUACACAAAACUGAGAAUGACUCCCGAGCGCCAUGAUUACAUUUUAGAGCAGAUCAACAAAUUCAGAGCACGUCAGUUAUAUAAAGAUGAAGAGAGCAAGAAAAAAGAACCAGACCAAGAGAAUAAAAGAAUUAAGGAACAACAAAUACUAUCCCUGAAAAACAGUCCAGCUAAAUCUGCUUUCAAACAAUCAAGCAAAGAAAAGAAAACUUCCUCUUCCAAUAUUCUACUCAAACUGGUUUUAACAGUUUGUCUCUGUAUGUUAGCUAUCUUUCUGUUUGCUCUUAUCCUUGUAUAUGAUUUGUCAUAGCUAUAUUUUGAUUUAAGACUUAAGCCAUGAAAUUCUAUAUCACCACCUUUUAGUAUUGUAGUAUGUUAUGUUUCUGCUAUUUCGUGCCAUCUUCAUAUUUCCCAGUAACCAAAACUUUUAACAUCACCUUUAAUUUCAUGAAAGCAUUUUCUCCCCUUUUUUGAAAAAAAGUCAAAACUUUGUAGACAAUGUUUAGUUUUUAAAAAGAGAAAUGUGACAUAGAUAACCAAAGAUAUUUUUGUAGAAAACAGGGGAUAGGAUUGUAUCUUAAGAGUGUGAAGUUCUAUGAUAAAGGUUUUCCUGCAGUCACAAUUAAUGAACUUUAUUUUCAGCAUUUAAGAUAACCCUGCCCUUUUUUGGCUAAAAUUAUGCCAAUUUUAAAAUCGUUUUAGAAAGUUUUGUAUGCUAUUAGUAUAAUUCAUUUAAGUUCUAGUGUAAGGGAAACUAGUUAUUAUGUCAGGGCAACUGGUUUAAAUGCAACAGCAUCCAGCAAAUUGGAAAUGGUCAUAGAUGUUUCUGUUCUGUCUUAUCUCUUUACUACCAGAUUUUCACCUGUAUCUCCACAAACCUUACCUACCCUUUUUUGCUAUCUUGAAGAUUUUCCUAUGAUAACAACCACCUGACUAAACCUUUUAUUCAGUUUGUUUAUUUAGAAAAGCCUUAGUUAUUGACAAGUUUAUUUGCAAUUUUGAGCUUAGGUUUUAUUUUGCUGUUUGUUGUACAUAUUCAAGUCUUUUCCCUUGUAAAUGGAUAAUUCAAAUAAUUUUCGUUCUAAAACUAUGUUUUUAGUUUUUAAAUAAUAUGUAGAUGAAAUUAUGCCAUUAGGUAAUACUGCUGCCAGUAUUGUUGCUUAA